AGUUCAGAGAGCGGUGCAGGGUUUAAAUCACCGGAGGCUUUGCCGCCCUGUGUCUCGGUUGACGUCUUUGUCGGGGAGUUGCGAGAUGGCCACUGCUGCGGAAAGAGAUUGGGUCAAUGUUGCCAAUGAUCUUCUGACAAAAUGUAACAUCCAUCUGCAUGUUAGUAACCUGUCUGACUGUGGAGCUGAAGUUUUUGUUCAUCUUUAUGAGUCAAUAUUAGGAGAAAAAGUCCCAGAUUUCAUAGCUGUUCCUACUUGCCAAGAAGACAAUGUUCAUAAUGUGCAGGCAGUGAUAGAUUCUUUGGCAUUGGACUACUUGCAGAUCAGCUUAUCACAUAUAACUGGUGAGAAUAUUGUGAAAGGAGACAAGGAGUCUAUUAGAAAUCUCUUGGAAAUAUUUGAUGGGUUACUUGAAUAUCUUACAGAAGAAAUCAGCGAAGCUGCUUCUCAAAAUGACGGUGGUCUUAAGCAGAUGGCAGCAGAGGAAGUCCAGUGUACUUAUUCAAAAAAGCAAGAAAAUGGCUGUGACAUCCCAGUUCCCUCCCUGGAGCAACCAUCAGCUGUAGGAUCUCCUCAGUCAUCAGAGAUAUUUGAUCCAUCUUGGGAGGGUGAUGGUUCAGAAUCUACAAGUGAGCUAAUUAAGCUUGGUGACACAGCUUAUUUGUUUUCUCUAAGAAAUGAAGCAUUACCAGCAGGAAAAGAAGUACCAAAAAAGGCUGCAGGAUCUGAAGAAUGUUCAUCUUUUAGAGAAUCAUCUGGGGUAUUCUUCAGUGGAAAAAAUAAUGUUGUUAGAGAAAUGCAAGCCACGGCGAAAUCCGCUCAAUUAUCUCAAGAGGAGUUGAGUACCAGUGCUAAGAAGCUUGGGGAACCAAUCCGUCCAGCAAUUGCUUUGCAGCCACCCUACCAGCCUUCAGUCACUAGGGCCUCCUAUGUAGCAGAAAGAAACAAUGAAAGUGGAGGCAGGGAUUCCCCACCACCUUUAUUACCACUUAAACCUCAGGAACCUCCACCUACUGUCCCUGCAGAACCUCCUGUGCAUGAAUCUCUUAUUUUUUCAGAUGGCAUCAAUUCUUUUCCAGAAGCUACUUCAUAUUUUCCAACUGAACAAUCAGCAACAGGAGGUGGUGUAACUGAUGAAUCGGUGCCACAAGGUGGACCACAUGAUGCAGGCAAGGAAAUGGAUGAGAGUUCACAGCAUACAUCAAUUCAUAGUUGCAAGGAGAAUGCAUUACCUCAGUUCACCUCUAUACAGACCACAAGACCCAAAAAAAGAAAUCUGUUUAUUGGAAAAAGCCAGAAUGAACGUCCUGCUAUGACAGACUUUCUUGUAGAAGACUCUGUUCCCCAUAGAAGAGCCAGGGAAAAACUCUGUGAAAUGUCAGAUAAACUCUCCCGCAGGCUGAAUGAACUGGAUGCAAUGUUAAAGCAUGCUUUGGGUGAACAAAGCAGGGAUGACUUGUCAGCUGAUGAGGAUACCCUUUCUCAGCACAGUGAUAGCAUCAUGGACUAUCGCCAAAUAAAACUAGGAUCAGAUGCUCGCCUUCCAAGGAAAGCACCCAGCAGGCGACGGUCAUCUUCUGCUUCCCCACCUCCAUCUAAUUAUCAGCCAUCACACGUAUCAGAUAGUCCACUCCAAAAGGAUUCAAAAGGGUCAGUGGGAAGGAUACGAGUAUGUUUGCAAAAUGAACAGGAUCAGAGGAAGUUAAGAGCAAAGCUUUUGAGUAAAGCUUAUGAUGAAGAACUAAGAGCAUAUGAAGCUAGUGAAAGAUUGGAACUUGCAAAGCUAAAAGGACAGGCUCAGGAAAUGGAACAAAAAUUCAAAGAGAACAUAUUUAAAGAAACUCCAAGAAUCUCACAUGCAACGAAGAUUUAUGCUCGAAAAAAUAUACCUCGGCAUUCCAAACUCAACCAGAGGAUUUCAAGAGGAGGGUUUGUGAAGCCAAAAAAAGCAGCUCCAAUGAAAGUCAACGAGAACGAUCUCUUGCCGCUGCUGCUUGAAGACUUUCCCCACCUGCACAUUUCCCAUCCAACAAUGAACAAGAUGUGGCAGCAGCAGCUUACACAGAUAGAGCAACUGAAAUGUCCCAGUGAUCGAAACCAGUUUAAACUGCAAAAUGAAGUAUUGGAAACACUGAAGAAGCAUGAUCUACUUGUGGAUCUUCUUAAGAGAGAGCAGGCUCACAACAGGAGAUUGCAAGAGCUUAGACAGCGCAUUGACAGACAGAAAUGUACACAGAAUAAAAUGAGGGAGAGACGCCAGCAGAUUGCCCGAGCCAAAAAGUACUAUCAAGAUUACAGAGUUCAGCUGCGUGCCAAGAUGAUGAGGGCCAGGACCCGUGAGGAAAGGAUAUUUAAACACCUAUUUGAAGAAGCCUUGGAAAUUCAGAAGCAAAGAUUUCUUGAGCUGAGGACAUAUGCCAAGGAAAAACGUGCUGAACAAAAGAGGCAGUAUCAAGAUGAACUGCAGUCCAUGGAGAACUAUUAUAAAGAUCAGUUUUCAAUGCUGGCAGAAGCUGUUUCAGAAGAACGUCAAGAAAUCCGGACCAGAGAACGAGCACAUGCCCAAACAUUAAAUAAAGUGAAACGUGAACUGAGAGCCAAGUUGGAGAAAGAGAUUAAAGAGCUGCAGGACAUGAUCACACAUAAUGACGAUGAUUCAUUUUUCCGAGAGCUAGAAGCUGAUCGCCUGAAAUCCAGACUCCUAGUGGCUUCUUUUCAGUAUAGCAAGAACUAUUUGUUUCUUUAAAGGCCUGGCAUGUUUAUAAAAUACCUACAUGGCUUUUUUUCAAGGAGACCAGAAUCAAAAAUGUAAAGUUAGCAGUUUAGUUUGCUGCCCCAAGACCAAAAUUAAGUUGAUGUUAUGAAAAUAUUGCACUGAUAUUUUCAAACAAAUGGUUUUUUAAAGACUUUGUCAAUAAAGAUUAGCUUUCUUACAAUCAAAAUUCAACUAUCUCCUGGGGUAAUUUGUGUGGCCAAAUUUUAUCUUUGCUUAUGUAUAUUGCUAUCCCAGACUGGGCUAACGUAAAAACAAAUUGUAGAUUAUGGCUAUAAAAUCUUCCCAGGUAUCGCUGUCAGACUGACUGGCUGGUCAUAGUUUGAUGUAUCUUUUGUCUCCCUUUUGAAGAUGGGGAUAUUUGUUCUUCUCCAGUCAUCUGGCACUUGUCCAAUUCGCCAAGAUUUCUUGAAAAUCGUAUAUAAAGAAUUGGCUAGACCAAGACACACAGUUUCUUGUUGGAGAAGUGCUCUGCUGUAUAACAUUUUAUGAGUACUGUAUCUAACAAACUAUAUUAGAGGAAGUGAUACCAUGUAUCUCCAGGGUCUCUAUCUAUAUUCCUCCGUGUACUAAUGGAUAAUGGAUAGCUGUUAGAAAUUAUAUUACUUACCUAAUGGAAUUGCUGAAAAAAAAUUCUCUACAGCUAUGCUUUUAUGUGGCUGCAUCUUUCUUUCUUUAGUCCUUCGAAGGCAGAAAAUAUGAGAAAAAACUUUAACAUAGAUUUUCCUAUCCAAACACCCUCCAUUAGAGAUAAAAAUUUUUAUAUAUUGAAACUAACAGGCCAGCUGUGGGGGCUGGAUUUAGGCAAGUUCUAUAUUGGAAAGCACUUAAUAUUAAAAUCAGAUUGCUUGUUCAUAUACUGACUGAGAUGUAGUCUGAGAGUGGGAAACGGUGCUGCAAUAGUUCUUUCUCCGUGGCAAAUUCCAGUCAGUUAGUGUUGACCAAUAUGGAGAGGUCCAGCCCGAAUCCACUGGUUUUUGGAGUGCCUCAAGGCUUGACACACUCAUCUCUCCUGUAGUACAUCUACAGGAAGCCACUGGUUGAGUCCAUUCAUUGAUCUGGAGUCGGGUAUCAUCAGUAUGCUGAUAAUACUCAACUAGAUACUUGAUCUUUGUGUCUGGAGGCUGUUGGGAUCUGGAUGGGGAGGAACAGGCUUAAAUUUAACCCUGGCAAGUCCAAGUGGCUAUGGGUUCAUGGUUAUACUGGUGCUGGAGGUUCUCCAUCUUUAAUUAUGAAUCAGAUUAUAUUUCUCUAAACAGAACUUGUGCCCAAUUGGGGAUCUUCCUGGACUCUUGGAUCCUGCUUGAAAAGAAGUGGCAACUGCAGCCAGGAAGGCACAGGCUUAUCUGGAGCACUGAUUGCACCAUUUCCGGGACUGGUUUCUUCUCACCGUCUUCCAUGAGCUCUAUGUAGGGCUACAUUUGAAGUCCAUUUGGAAGCUACAGUUGAUCCAGAAUGCAGCAGCAUGAGCAGUUAUAGGCUCAUAGUUGUAUGCUUAUUCCUACCUCUGCUAUAGUAUUUCUUACCAGUGAGCUUCUGGUUGCAAUUCAAGGUCCCAGUUAUCACCUGUGAAGCCUUUAUAACAUAGGGACUAGAUGAGGGAUCACCUCUCUCCCAUCAUAUCUGACACAGCUGGCAUGCUGUGUGUGCUAUCUAUCCAUUAAGCAAUGUCAUCUGAUGGGACCCAGGAAGUGUGCCUUCUCCAUCACAGCACCUGUCCUCUUAAAUAGCAUUUUCUCAAAGGUUCAAAUCGCUCAAUUCUGCAAGCCUUUAGACAAUCUCUGAAAACUUAGCUCUGUCAUAGGUUGGUGGUGUGCCCAUCUGAAGUAUAGUGUUUGGUUUGGCAAGUGUAUGUUGUUUCUUCUUCAUGCAGUUAAGUGUAUUGUUUAGUUAGUUUUUAUUUUAAGGUACUGCAUUUGUUUUUAAUUUGUACACCAUCCAGAAUCAGUGCUGGGUUGGAUGGCCUUAUAAAUCAAAUAAAUAAAUUUUGCUACGUGCUAUGUGCAAAAAAUGUACAAUCAAAUUCCUUGCAUUUGCAAAGGAGGCACAUCAGAAACUUGAUCCUGAAAUGCUAAAGCUCAUUUACUUCUGAAAUAUGAAAAUAGUUUUUGAAAAAAAUGCAGCCUUAUGGCAUAUUUUAUAUGCAAAACAUUGCUAUUCUUCUCUCCUAAUAUCUGAUCAUGAACUUUAGGGUAAAGUGAUUAUAAUUAUUCUUCCACACCUUUACUGUUGUGCUGGACCACAGCAAUUUGAAUACUAUAAAUUAUUCUUCAGAUACCUUAAAAUGAAAAACAUAAUCUUGAAGAAUUUAUAACUUAAAUGCUACUUGUUGGAAUUUUUAAAAAAUCUUUUUACAGGCCUUGAGUAAGGUUUUGCUGUAAUAUUUCUGAGUUACAUAAUGCCAGACUUGCAAAAAGAAAAAUCUUGAAAGGGAAAUCAGUGUUGCCAGAUUUUUGAACACACAUAUUGUGUCUAGGAAUACAGUGAAAAAUCUCCCCAUUCUCCUUUCUCCAACUAUCUCCAACUUUCUGCAAAUAGCAGGAUUUUACUAUCAGCAGGGAAGAAAAAAAAUAGGUGAGGGCAACAGCAGCGGAACACAGCUGAAAAGUUUAGACUGCAUCUUCCCUAAAACAAAUUACAAAUAAUGAGAUCUGGCAUGCAAACUCAAAGUCAACUGUCAAAUGGACAGCGGAAAGAUACCUCUAAGGUUAGCCUUAUUCCUAUCCAGGACUUCUGUGAUUUCUUAAAACUAAUAAGAACAUCACUGUUAUUUUAUUUAAAAAUGAAACACAAACCAAUUUUUAAAACCUUUGAUGCUGUGACAGUGCAAACAGCAUUCAAUUUUAUUGCUCAAUUUCUGCAUGAGUACAUACUUAAAACAUUUUAUACAGAUUUAUUGUUAAAGCUCAUGUAACAGCUUGGUGAAAAUACAAUAAUAUCAAUGCUAAACACAUUCUGCAAUAAAUACAAUAGAAAUGGAACUAAAAAAAUGUGUCCGUUUGUGGAAGAAGGAAAUAUACCAAGUAUACAUUUGUUUUAGUCAAACAAAACUUUUAGGAUGUGGCAGAGUCAGAAAUCUUCUAAUAAACAAUAUGUCUUAAGUACAAAUUGAACCUGUUAACUAUAUAGUGCAGUUCAAAGUCUGUAGCAAUGAUGUCAUGCUACAUUACAAUACGUGAUAUAGAAGCACAAGUUCCUUCCAUUAAUGCAGCCAGUUUAACUGCACCACAGGUUUAACAGAUAUAGUGUUGCAGAAUAAAAAACAAAAAAUCCUGUGUGCUCUGGACUCUAGUACAAACACAAAUGUUUGGUAAAAAUAAAAUCAGUUUAGAGAAACUGAACCUAUGUGCAAAAAAUAGAAUACAUACUGUACAAAGCACCAUUACAAAACUUUACACCUAGAAAUUAAACUUGAAACGCGUCUGAGUACUUAUCACUGAAUCCUAGCAAAUUGUUACUAUUCAUAUUAACACAUUCAUUCAUGAAAAGAAAGCACGGAAAUGUGAGGUGGCAUCUCUCUUAACCAUUCAAUCCAUGUUCAGAAUUGAUGAAGAAAUCCUAUAGGAAAAGGGGUACAAUGGAAAUAAAUAUUCACAUUUAAACCUAGGGUAAAAAUCCAAAGGUCCAGCAUAAUAUUUAGCACUGGGAAAAGAGGCAUGGCUAUGCGUCUGCAAUGGAUGGGUUGAGAAAAGCUUCUGGUAGGUCGUGUGCUUUAAAGCUUUUAAUUGUUAUGCAGAUAAAAAGGCACUCAGAAGACCUGAGAAUUCUAUUUGCAUUCGUCUGCUUGGUGUUGGUCAAAGCAAGAUGCAGGUAUAGUUUCAUUUUGCCUAAUACGUAGAGAAUUAGACUAGUGCUGUAAUAGAAGGUUCUCUGAACACAAAGUAUUUGAAGUAGAGUAACAGUGAAGUUGCUGUUGAACACAAAUUUUGGAAUGAGACCAGGUUGGAUUUGCCUUCCCCAAACUUAACUCAUUGUCUUCACUGUCAUCAAAUUCUUUUAGCUCUCAAUUUCCAUUCUAAGAUUGCUAGGUUUCAUCCUAUUCAAAAUGGAUGCAUCCUUAAAUGAGAUAGGGCAAGGCUAUUACCUCCAAUCUAAUGGUAAGACUGCAGAAAAGGAAGAACAGAUUGAUUUUCCUUACAGAGCAAGAAACAAAGUGGGUUUUAGAUACAAUCUGGUUAUCCAAGAAGCUCUCAAGGAGCUUGUGUACAAAACAAAGGACCUGAAUGGUAAACUGUAAAAGGCAAGAAUCCACCUUCAGAGGUGUCCAACACUCAGUGCUCAAUGGUGUAUGAAAACCAAUGCUCCAUUAGUUCUUCAUUCAACAUCUAGAAAAUAAUCAAAUCAAUGCUAUUCCUGAAACCUGAAAGAUCAGCUGAAAAAGGCAGAGAUUAUCCCAGAGAUGAUCUGAAAGAAAAGACAGCUUCAGACAGGCACAAAAGAAGAUAUCCUAACGGAAUAUGGGCUUGUUCCUUAUCAGGCUCAAAUUUACUCCAUCAGGGUUGGAUAACAUGGUGCUCAACAGAUAUUUUGGAGUAAACUUCCACAAUCUACCACUCACUGUGCUGGCUGGAAUUGCUAGAAGAUGAAAUCCAAAAACAUCUGAAGGGCAACAAAUUCCCUACCCUGGAACUAAGCUGUCACACAUGGCCUCAGUAGCAGGCUUUGAAUAACUGUAAUGCUGUAGAGCCCAUGAACUGCAGCCUAAUCUACCAGAAACUUUAUUUGUUCUGUUCAACUAUGAAUCAUAAAUAGACCAUCUAUCAUCACCAACUAGUUUACAACAACUGUCUAAUUUGUGCAAUUGCUUUAUUCCAAUAUUUCUGCCUUCUACAUUGAACGGUAUCAUGAAAUUCCUUUAAGAAGAAAUAGUCAAAUGAAAACUAUAUUUUAUCCUCGUUUCUCUAUCUCAAAAUGCAAUUAUGUGCCUGAUGGAACUGGCAAUUGCCACACAACCUGCUGGACUCCAGGAUCAGCAUUUGGACCAAGUCAGAAAAGAAACACUACACAGUGAACAUGCUUUGCCCUAUUUGCAUUUUCUUCACAUUCUUUUAAAACAUUUACUUAAAGAAGAAAUACCAAAGACCAGCAAAGCUACACAGUUUCCGAAGUAUACUUGGCACUCUUGAUUAUUAAUCAUUACAAUAAAAAAAGUGGUGGCUUCCAAUUAGUUACAGAGCAUGCAUGGCUUUGCUUACUGUCCCUUGCUUCUCAGUGGAAAGGUGAGCAGCUGAACUGUAAGUUCUCAACAUUGCUGAAUGAGGGCUAGUUCACACAUGCAAGCUCUACUUUAAUCUGCCACACAGGUAAGUAGAACAUAUAAUUAUGGAAAAUACUAGCACUAACCAAUGCUGAUACUGGUGAUGAUAUUCAGCCAUUUUGACACCAGAUGUUGCUCUCUUCAUAGCAGCCACACAGAAUUACAAGGAAAGCUUAAAUAUGUGAGCUAUCUUCAACAAAUGCACAUUUUAACAAUUAAGAACUGUAUUCAAAUGUACAUGGCCACCAUAAAUAGAAUGUGCCUUUUGUUUUUUAAGCAUUCUCUAUGUGCUUGCAUUAAAACAAAGACAAAUUCCUAUGUAUCUGAGUCAGCUACUUAACGGAGUACAUUACACCACAUCUGCAUUUCAUUUCUGAAUCUACUGCAUCGUGUUUUUUUCCCUUAUUUGUCACUACCACAAACUCAUAGACUACAAGCAGUUAAAAGUAAAGGCAAUUUUAUCUGGAUAAGAUUUUUGAGCAACAACUAAUAUACAGUGCAGGUUGGUUGUAUCUCAACAAAAAAGCUUUGGUUGGUUUGACAUCCACAGAGUGUUUUGAACAAUCAAUUGAUGAUCUAUGAAGGCUAAUGAUAUCAUCCAUAUAUAUUUAGGAGUCUAAAAAAUGCAGCAGUUCCAUUUAAAAUGGAAAGCAAUUCUUUAAAAAAACCGCCUCAAGUAUUGACUUUUUACAAAAAUGCUCAUUUAAAAAAUGCUGAACACCUACAUUUUUAAAAAGGGCUUUCCACAUUUACCACAAAGUACUGUA